AUGGCCGCGUCUCGGUCCCAGCAGCUUGGCUUCGGGGCGGCUCCCGCGCUCCCCGCGCUCCCCGCGCUCCCGCCCGGCCCAGCCGCUGCCCCACCGCCACCCCCGGGCCCCGGGCCCUUCGCCGGCUUCCUGAGCGGCGGUCCAGCGCCCCCCGCGCCCCCCGCAGGCGCGCCCGCCCCGUCGGCGUCGCAGCGCCGCAAGCGCACGUCGUUCAGCGCCGAGCAGCUGCAGCUGCUGGAACUCGUCUUCCGCCGGACCAUGUACCCCGACAUCCACCUGCGCGAGCGCCUAGCCGCGCUCACUCUGCUCCCCGAGUCUAGGAUCCAGGUGUGGUUCCAGAACCGGCGGGCCAAGUCCAGGCGACAGAGUGGGAAAGCCUUUCAGCCCUCCGCCAGGCCUGAGCUUUUCCUCCACCCUGCCGUUCAGGGACCCGAAGCAAAAUGUCUGAAGCCCCAGCUGCCUCUUGGAGUAGACGUGACCUGCCUGCCCAGUCCCAGCAGGAUUGGGGAGGGCACCCCCCACCCGAGCUGCCAAGGUCAGCGCUUCCAAGCCUACUCUCCCCUCUCCGAAGACACUGGUUCCAAGCUGGACUCGUGGGAGGAACACAUCUUUUCUGCCUUUGGUGACUCCUGAGGAGUGUGGGUGAAGUCAGGACAAGCUCCGAGGAGGAGCUGAGACUGAAGGCGGGGACAUGCAUACCAGGAGGCUGUCCCUUCUGGCGAGGGACACAAGCCUGUUCACCUCGGUAAGGGUGUCACCCGCGGCUCUCACCACUGAGGCUCCCUCCCCCGUCUCCUGUGAGCCUUUUACCCCCUCUUCUCCCUCUAUGGGCCCCUCCCCAGGAGUCCCACGGCCCUUUGUCCUGGGCGUCUCCAGACCCACACCUCGGGUUCCAUCGGGACCCCUGCUCCUUCUGGCGGGUCGCCCACUUCCCUUCCAGACUGCUUCGUCAGAACUCCCUCUCCCCUUCCCAAGAACCAGCAGCCAGGCUCCCUCUCUCCUCACUGCCACUGCCUCAGCUGGCUUCUCGUGCUUCCUCCAAGGCUUGUGACCUUGAACUCAUUCAGACUGGGUCCUCAGUCUGCCCCCGAGAUUGACCCCUUUUCUGUGAGUGUGGCCUGUCAUCUUUACACCCAUUCGUAGCUCUGGCGAUUCUGCAUGCAGAUUACUUCUAGAGCACCCCGCCCCCCCGCCAGCUUCUCAGAUUUUCACACAUCUUUAGAAAUCUGUGGUAGCCUCCUGUGGCCGCCAGAUGGAAAAAACCUUUCCGUUACCUUCCUGGACAACCAGCGGACAUCUCCCGCGACAGAGCAGCCAUGCAGAUCUUCUUGAGGCCUGUCCCUGAGCAGCCCCCCUCGUCCGUGUUCUCAGACACUCAAGGUCCCGUCCCCCCGAGUCUGAACCCUCCUCUAAUCCUGAUUUCUUACCUUUUACUCCAUUCACUCCCACAUUACCCUUAGCACUUGUCAUUGUACUUGGUGCAACUUGAAUGGGUUAUUAAAUGCU